UUGAGUACGUCACCACCAGGCGGCGCUGUACGUUUGACACUUUGAGGUUAUAUAAAAAUUAGCGCAUUUUUGCCAAAAAUGGCAAAAUACAUCGCCCAGAUUAUAAUAGCUGGUACUCAAGUGAUCGGACGGGCGUUCGCUCGUGCUAUAAAGCAAGAAUACGAGGCGUCGCAACAAGCAGCACAGAGGUUAGGAAAUGCGAAAACGCGGAACGAACGAAUAGCCAAUAACAAAUUAGGUUUAUCGUUAGAUGAGGCGAAACAGAUAUUAAACGUCUCAAACUUGAACAAGGAAGAGGUGGAGAAGCGCUACGAAGCCCUAUUUAAAGCGAAUGAAAAGUCAAGUGGCGGCUCGUUUUACCUCCAAUCAAAAGUUGUGAGGGCGAAGGAGCGAAUUGAUAUGGAAAUGAAGAAUCAGGAGGAGAGUCCCGGGAAAGAUAAAGCGAAUAAAACGUGAUUAGUGAAUUGUUAGGUUAGAAUAGUUAAAUAAUAAAGGUUAUAUUGAGUUA